UUGUUUACUAAAAUUUGAAGUACAUGUGGUGUGAAAGAUCUUGUAUAUUCACUAGGUUAUUGGGGUGAAAUUUUUAAAAAAAUUUUUCGACAUAACUAUUUCUGUUGAUCAUUUUUUUACUUAUUCUUACGCGAUUUAUUAAACUUCUAAAAAAACUGUACUAAAAUGACACUUCAAGGCAGAGCAAAACUUUCCAGUAAUGUUUUGGAAAUGAAGUUCAUGAAAAAAAGUAAAGAAAAGUCUGAGCUAGAAGCCGAAGAAGAGCGAAGAAAAAUUAUGUUUGAAAGUGAAAUUCCUGAUGCUUUAAUUAGAGGAGGAGAUUUAUGCAUUAUAGAGCCGAGUUUUGUUCCAUGCCUUCAGCUACUCAAUGGACGAUUUUCAUUCAAAGGCAUGAACCCAGAAAUAGAGAAACUAAUGAGAGAAGAUGAACAGAAAGAUCUUGAUAAGUUAAAAAAAAUGGAUGGAAUAUCUGAUCAAGAAAUGGCUGAAAGGUAUUCUUCUUUAGUGGCUAUAAAAAAGAAAUUCACUUCUAAAAGAAAAUGGACUGCUGAAAAUAAUGAUGAUGAUGAUGUCAGUUGCUCACCAGAAAGAUCGUAUGCAGACAAGCCUCUUAAAUUUAGAAAACCAAAGGAUUCUUAAGCAUAAUUUUGAUUUUUAUCAUUUGUAGGGUAUUUAAAUCAAAAUGUAUUUCUUUACGUAUCUUCUUUUUCUUCAUGUAUGUUCAAAAUGUAUGUCUGUAGCAUAACUAUUUAUAAUGAAUGCAAGAAAGUAUCAAAACAAGAUGCUUUGUAUAUAUUUGUAAUAAAAAAAUGGCAUAAUUGUUCA